GCAGCCCGCCCCGGCAGCCCACCCGCUGGCUGCCCGUGUCCCCGCAGCCGCGGCCCCGCACGGCCUCCCGGCUGGCUGCGGGCACAGCCACGGGCUCCCCGCCGGCCCCGCAGCCGCCCCUGGCUCGGGGGCCCCGUCGGGCGGCGGGACUACAAGUCCCAGGGUGCCGCGGCCCGAGGGGGCGGGCGGCCGGGCCCCCCGCCCCGCUGAUGUGUACGGGCCGCGGCGGCGGCUGGCGGCGGCGCGGGGGGGGCCGGGCCGGGGCCGCCUGACGAGCCGCGUUGCCCCGCAGGGAGCCGGGCCGGGCUCCGGUGGCCGCCAUGGCCUCCAGGCUGGUGCGGGCGGUGGUGCUGGGCCCCCCCGGGUCGGGGAAGGGCACGGUGUGCGAGCGGAUCGCCCGCAGCUUCGGGCUGCAGCACCUCUCCAGCGGGCAGUUCCUGCGGGAGAGCCUGCGCGCCGGUGGCGAAGUUGGCGUCUUGGCAAAGCAGUACCUUGAGCGAGGCCUUCUGGUGCCAGACCAUGUCAUCACGCGCAUGAUGAUGACGGAGCUGGAGAAACGGCAAGAGCAGCCCUGGCUGCUCGAUGGUUUCCCUCGGACGCUGGGGCAAGCCAAGGCGCUGGAUGGGAUCUGUGAGCUGGACCUGGUGAUCAGCUUGAACAUACCCUUCGAGACACUGAAGGAUCGCCUGAGUGCCCGCUGGAUCCACCCGGGCAGUGGGAGGGUGUACAACAUGGACUUCAACCCCCCCCAUGUCCAGGGCAUCGAUGACCUGACGGGCGAGCCGCUGGUCCAGCGCGAGGACGACAAACCCGAGGCCGUGGCUGCCAGGCUCCGAAAAUACAAAGAUGCCGCAAAGCCAGUGAUAGAGUUGUACAAGAGCAGGGGCAUCCUGCACUCCUUCUCGGGGACAGAGACCAACAAGAUCUGGCCGUAUGUGUACACCCUGCUUUCCAACAAGAUCGCACCCCUUCUCUCAGACGAGGAGAACUAAACAGCUUGUACCAAGGACCAAGAGUUAACGCCAUCACAGAUUGGGUUUCUCUGGGCGGUGCUGGGGCCAGAUUAGGUGAUCGUGUGGUACCUAAAGUCCCUUCCCUGGUGUACUGGGGCUACACGGUUAUAGCCAGUAUCAGGCAAAAAGAUCUUUGCUUAUAAGGUCAGGUCUGCUACAGCAAGGGGUUUUUUUUCUCUUUCCAGACUGUAAAGUAUUCCUGCCUAUGGUCAAGUUUGCACACAGAUCAGUGAUACAAACCUCGUUUUGAUAUGAUACGAUAUGAUAUGAUCACACCAGGUUUAUGCAGCUUGCCAUGGUGUCCUUGCCACCCCCAUACACAAAGCCCAGUCUCCAUUUGAGCCUACAGCAUGCCAUCCCGUUGCUCCACAGUACCGUUUACUGCAGAUUGCUCUCUCGGUUGGUUGGGGUUUUUUUCCUAUAAAUUAUUUUCUAUGAAAUUAAUAUCUCAGAGAAACAAAGGUCUAAAAAGCAAGACUUAGCCCAGUGGGAACCGGUGAGCAACAUGGAAAAUGGGUACGCUACGAAGCCCAGAAAUGUGAAGAUCACAUUUCCAGCAUUAAUACGCUUAAAAGAGGGAAAACAUUGGAGGUAAAACAUGUGCUUCUUGCAUAAAGAGAGAUGAAACCCCUGUUAUAAAAAGCUGCUGUACAUUUUAGUUUUCAGGAGAUGCUGUGACACCGAGCAGGGUCUGUGCAGGGGAUACGUUCCCCUCCUUUGUGCUUGCCUUGUUUAUAGCUUUUAAUACUACAAGAUAGUCAUGUUAUGAGAAUUUCUCCCAAAGAUAUAUUUUAAUGUGUGCUUCAAUUUUGCGGAGAAAUCAAGUCAUUCCAAUUUCUUUGCUGCCUUUAUCCCUGAGGUCCCCUGGAGAUGGGAUAUUCCCUGUGUGGUUCCCAUUGCAGCCGUAGCGUCCCUGGCAGAAGCAGCUCCCUCCCCAUGAAUCCCUGGAGGGAUGAGAGCCUUCCCUUCCCCGGGACCUGUGCAGGGACUGCCAAGGGCUGUGCCCAGGUAGUUCCCUGUGAUUUGCAGCAGCAUUAGAGUGUGUCGCUCCUCUUCCCGUGCGCAGGAGCUUUGCGGCCAGUUGGAGUUGGUUUUCUCAACUGGAAGUACUGUAACCCAUUUUGGUGGUAGGAUGCAGUACCUAAGCAAUGGGGAUGUUCUUUUUGUCUCCUUGAGUUGCCUUAUUUUAUAGACUAUAUAUUUAAGAAAAAAGCAAGAUGUGUAUUUUUAAAGGUUUGGGGAAAAAAAAAAAAAAGCACCAAAUUUUAGCAUCAGCUUUGGGGAAGCCUGCACAAGGCUGCUUGUGUUUGCAGAGCAUGCUGCGGUCUGCCAUGGGUGCUUCAGCAGGAGGGCAGCAAAGCUGUCAGCCCCUGAUACCCGUUUGAUUAAUUAGAGCAGCCUGGGCAAGUUUCUGUUGUUGAAAUGUCCCUGGUUUUAUUUUUGCUUGGAGAGUGGCCCUGCAGCAGGGGGUGGGGAGCUGGCUGGCUUUUUUAGGGAUGCACAGGCUCCGUGUGCAGAACUUCAGCACAUCCCUGGGACUCUUUUGUCCCUGCUGAGCCACCCGCAUCCUUGCUCGGUCAGAGGAGCCCCUUGUGUUUGCUCGCUCUGUCAGAGGCAGCUUCACCCUGGUGCUCUCCUGAUACCGGCGCCUGAAGCCGUGGGGUGUAUGCCAAGUGAGAUCCCUGCCCGCUCGCUGCCUGCCCCUGGGCGAAAGUGAUGGUGCGGUGGCGGCAGGGGAGGCUCUGCAUCCCGCUCUGGAUGGGGAUUGCCCAGAUGGGAGCGGAGGGACCGUUGGGUUUCGCUGCUGUCCCUGGGGGCCCUUCCAUCCCCCCAAGAGCUCCCGGGCUGGGAGGACGCAAGUCUUCCACCCUGCGAUGAAAUCCUUUUUAAGAAAGAUUUUAGAUUUUCCCAUGACCCUCAGAUGAAGGUCUGGCCCAUUUUUAAACACAUCUAGAAAUAGCCAAAACGUGUGUGCUUUUCUCUUUCUAGAAGUUUUGGGCAGGAGGGGAGGAGAUGAUGGGGGGUGGGUUUAGGCUAUAAAAGCAGCCUGGCCAUGGCGGGCAGCUCCGCUGGGGCCGCACGCCAGGUAGGGGGGCUGCUCCCUGCUUUCCCUGGCCGAGCUUGUGUCUCGUCCUUCCCUGCCACUGAGACCUGCGGAGGGGCUUGCCCCAUGCAGCCCAGCGGUGGGGCUGGCAGAUGGCUUUGUCCCAGGAGAGCCGCCCGAGCGCUUCUUUUAAAGGCUCAGGCCCUAUAGUGGAUGUAGAAAUCCCGUGACUCUGCAUGCAUCGAGCCCUCGGGAUAGAUUUUUCUAUGAGAGUUGUCGUAUCGUGCAUUUUCACAGACCAAAUACCGGCAGGGAUGAGGUCCCGGAGCAACGACGUGUCCCUUGCCAUUCCUCUGUGCCGUGCUCCCCUUUGAUACUUUACUGUGAAUUUCCUGCCUUUUCUAAAGCAACAGCAAUUUUGUACUGACCCAAAAUACUGUGUGGUGGGAAGAGGGUCUCCCCGCGCGCCGGGCACCGCUGGCAUGUCAAGAUGAGUUUUCUUCCUGGAGUUUCUUCCCAGUGAAUUGCUGCAGCUGUGUUACUGUUUGAAAGAUGUAAAUAAAAGUUUUUUCUCCUGCUUA